GUAACAUUAUUUUUAAGGUAUACCUAAAACUGACGGAAUAUCGUAGUCAUGUUGAUAGAAACGAGAAACCACGAUGCCAGGAGAUUAAUCAUACAAGGCAAAUAUGACCAAUUGGUCCGCUUCUAUGAACACGCGUUCGAAUCAGGGUGCAAGUUGGGACUGGAUUUUACGGAAAGGUAUAAAAAUGUCACGCGUGGACAUCUCCUCGUAAAUCUGCAUGGACUCAUUAUUCAGCAAAAUUCCUGUGUCGCAUGCGUCACAAUGUUCGUGCAAAAUAUAAUCAAUUUCGUCCAAAAUUAUCCCGAAUGUGUCGACAAAAUCAUCGUUGCUAACGCUCCUCUCUCAUUCAACGUGUUCGGCAACAUUGGCAAGGCUGCAUUCUCUGAAGAAAUCCGGCGGAACAUUCAAGUCUACGGGAAGAACACGCAACUUUUGAGGAAGUCUUUAAGUACGGAUUUUGAACUUGAUCAAAUACCACCUUCUCUCGGAGGGAGUAAAAUUUAUGCAGGAAUGGAAGACGAAAAUGUGGAUAAUAAAUAA